AUGUCUACCAUCUCGAGACGUACGCUAAAAUCGGUACCCGCUCUUCUGUGGUUCCAGGUAGAGCACCUUCUCCAGAGAAACGUUGGGAAAUCGGGAAAGCCUAUAAAUUCUCUCGACGACGAUCCCGGAUAUAGAGAAGCCUUUGAGUUUUCCAAGUUCAUCAUGGAGGAAUCUACGAAGUAUACAAUUGAAGAAAUACAGCAGGUGGGCAACGCGCCAACGCCAGUAACGCCGGAUAUGAAAAAGAUACCGGUAGUUAUACCGAUGGACGUUUGCGGCGAAGCGGCCAAGAAGCUCAUAGAAGUACUGGGCGGGGAAAAGAUAACACGUCAAUUCGUUGGGGGUACUGUUUGGUGGCAGGCACGCAGCAUCGACGGCAUCGACGCUCAAUGGAUCAUAAGAAAUGAUAAAGAAGUUAGAAAGCACAAGAGAUUUCAUUUAUCUAGACGUCUUCAGCCAGAAGCGCCGGAUAGAGUUUCUGAAUACGACCUUGACAUGAACAAAUUGCCUUGCCUACUAUAUUUUCACGGUGGGGGAUAUUUCACGGGAAGCGUGGAUCAAGAGAGGUACGCAAUUGAAGUCAUGGCCCUGAUGCCUGCUAUCCGAAUCUUUGCUGUAUCAUAUCGACUCGCCCCUCAAUACCCUUUCCCUUGUGCAAUUCAAGAUGCUCUGGCAUCAUAUUUAUAUUUGAUCGAUCCUCCGUCCGAUGCGAAGCAUAAUGUUAAUCCGAAGCAACUUAUCAUUUCCGGGGAUUCUGCAGGAGGCGGACUUGCUCUUGCGCUACUUCAGAUCAUCCGCGACCUAGGUCUGCCUAAACCUGCUGGAGGCAUCCUCAUAUCACCUUGGUGUGACCUUACACACUCAUUCCGUAGUAUUCAUUCCAACACAGAGACAGACUUCAUUCCUAAGUAUGGUCUUUCAAUCUACAAGCCCUCUUCCCUAUGGCCACCGCCGCCUGACGAGCAUGUAGUCAAGAUGCACUCAAAGAUACGCUCCCAUGUUAAUCAAACCACAGGCCGGAAAGGACACGCAUCCACUACCAGUCGCAGGAAACGGGACGUUCGGAGUGACUCCACCAAUCGUAGCUCUCCUAAGUCUUCGCAGAAAGCAUCGGCAAAUUCCGUAGAAGAUGGAGACGUAACUGCUACCGCUGCCAGGAAGUCGGGGACGUCGUCAUCACCAAGACGAGGUGGAGGCAAAGAGACAGUGGAUCGUGUGCCGUCAGCAUCCUUUCCAAGGACGGACACAACAAAUGACCAAACGUUGCGUGUUAAGAUGGAGGACGGAGGAGUAAUAGAAGUGAAAGAUCAAAUGCAUCUAUAUGCACCGAACAACCUUCUCAGACAUCCGCUCGUGAGCCCGGCCUUGUCAUACCUCGGCGGGCUCCCUCCACUAUUUGUGUUCGCAGGCGACGGUGAAGUGUUGCGCGACGAAAUCAUUUACACUGCUCAUAAAGCCGCUUAUCCCAAACGCUAUCCUGUACAUCCAGAAGCAAGAAAGUUGUAUCCCAAACUUGAAGGUAUUGAGGAUCACUUCAAACCAACCUGGGUGCAUCUUCAGGUUUAUGACAAUGCACCUCAUGUAUUUCC